AUGGCCUACGACCCGGAGGCCGCGCGCCACGCCUGCGCCGUCUCCGGCGGCGCCGUCGCUCGCGGCCGCGCCGCGCGCUACGUGCUCGAACUCGCGGACGGGCUCGCGUACCUCCACGCGCGCCACGUCGCGCACCGCGACCUCAAGCCGGCGAACGUGCUCCUGCGCGGCGACGACAGCGUGGCCAUCGCGGAUUUCGGCGUCGCGCACCGCUUUGCGGGCGGCCUCGGCGGCAGCGAGGGCGCGACCGAUUCCGCGGCCGCGGACGCGCGCCUCGAGGGCGCCGCGAAGCUCGCGCGGCUGCGGCGCCUGGAGCGCGCCGCGAGCCUCGCGCAGAUCUCGGGCACGGAGGGCACCUACGCCUACUGGGCGCCGGAGAUGGUCGCGACGGCGGCGGCGGGCGAGAAGGUCCACUUCAACGCGUUCGCGUGCGACGCGUGGGCCCUGGGCUGCUGCUACUACAACUUCCGGACGCGGCGGAACCCCUUCGACGUCGCGGACUCCGUCGAGGGCCUCUUCGACGCGAUCCGGGCGGGCGUCGUCGACCUGUCGGACGCGGCGCUCGGCGCCGAGGAGAGACGGGUCCUCGCGGCGCUCCUCGCGCGCGACGCGGCGGCGCGCGCGACCAUGGCCGACCUCCUCGAGGACCCGUGGCUGCGCGCGGCGCAACGAGAGGACACUUAA